AAUACGCUUAAGCCAUGGAAUCCAGCCAGGAAUCCUCACUCUUCCUGGUGAAGAUAUUGGAGGAGCUGGACACAAAGCAGAAUACUGUUUCUUACCAGGAUCUCUGCAAGUCCCUGUGCGCAAGGUUUGAUUUAUCCCAGUUGGCCAAGCUCAGAAGCGUGCUGUUUUACACUGCUUGCCUGGAUCCUAAUUUCCCAGCGACUUUGUUCAAAGACAAAAUGAGAUGCACUGUAAACAAUCAGCAAUCAAAGAAAAUCAUGGUUGCAGCAGAUAUAGUAACAAUAUUCAACCUCAUACAAAUGAACGGGGGAGUGGCCAAGGAGAAGCUUCCAGUUGCAAGGCACAAAGUGAAGAAGAAGGAGUCCUUCGAGUCCUGCAGGUCUGACACAGAGAUCUGCAAUAUAGCAGACUGUGUGCCCGACUGUGUGCCCAACUGUGAGCUCAACGACCCGGACUUUACCCGGGGCUUUCCAGUCAGAAGGUCUUCGAAAUGCAGAAAGAUGGACUGCAAAGACUGCCAGCAGUUCGUCCCCUCGUCAGAACCCAACUUCUUGCUUGGUGUUAGUAAGGACAUGAAGGGCCGGGCUGCCUCUCUGGACAGGCUGCAGGCACUGGCGUCCUACUCCAUCGCCACGUCCCCACCAUGUGAGAUGCAGAGCACCUACUUCCCCAUGAAUAUUGAAAAUGAAUCUAUUUCAGACCAGGAUUCCUUGCCUAUAAGUGCAGGCAUAAAAGAAACUUUCAUUUCAAAUGAUGAGCCAUUCAUGAUGCAGUCGUGUGUCCAGAAAAGAAAUAUAUUCAAAGAAGAUUUUCAUAAUCUGAUUACAAUAUCUCCCAACUUAAUACCAUCCAACAAAACGCCAGAAGAUGGACACAGAGAGCCUCAGAGCAGGAAAGAAAGCUCUAAGCAGACUUUCUUCAACCACAGCUUUGAAAUGCCAUACAGCAGCCAGUACUUGAAUCCAAUUUAUUCUCCUAUACCGGACAAAAGGCGAGCGAAACAUGAAAGUUUAGAUGAUCUUCAAGCUUCAACAUAUUUUGGCCCAACUACUGUUCUUGGACCACAAGAAACCAAAAAGUGGACUGGAAAGCCAACCAAGCAAACUGCCUGGCCAGCUAAAAGCUGGAGUUUAAAUACUGAGGAGGUCCCUGACUUUGAACGCUCGUUUUUUAAUAGGAAGCAGUCUGAAGAAAAACCACGGUACCAGAGUUCGAGCAACCCAUCUCCAAACUUUCCUUCAGUUGACAGGCAUCAGUCCUACCUAAAUGCAAAGGAUCAGCAACCAAUUAUGCAGGCAAACUAUGCUGUGAAACCCAAUGGGCAUAAAGCUAAGGAAAUUCCUUCCAUUCUAGAUGUGGAGAAACAUGAGCCAGUCAAAAAGUUUAAGGAUAAAAGCAUUAACUGUACUUCCGUCCAGAUCGUGAGCAUUGACAGGACCAUGAGCGUUGGGACACAAACGGAGCAGCAGGCUCUGGACCACAAGAAAUGCAAGGAUCUGUGUGCAGCAAGCCAAGCCAAGUACAGCGAGCGGCACUCUCUGAAGCAUUCAGAUGAUGACUCUGAAAUCGUGAGCGAUGACAUCAGUGACAUUUUCCGGUUUUUGGAUGACAUGAGCAUCAGCGGGUCCACGGGAGUGAUGCAGUCCUCGUGCUACAACAGCACUGGCUCCUUGUCUCAGGUGCAUAAAUCAGACUGUGAGAGCUCACCUGAGCACAAUUUGACUAAGAUCUCCAACGGGAGUGCCUGUAACAAACUGGAUAAAGUGGUCAGGGUGGAUGUCAGCAACACAGAUGAUGAACUGAAGACCAGUGUCUGCAAAUUAGUCUUGAGGAUUGGUGAAAUAGAGAAGAAACUGGAAUCUCUCUCAGGUGUCCGAGAAGAAAUCUCUCAAGUCCUGGGAAAAUUAAGCAAGCUGGAUCAAAAAAUCCAGCAGCCAGAGAAGGUCAGCGUACAAAUAGAUCUGAACUCUUUGACAAGCGAUGCCGCGUCAGAUGAGAGCAACUCCCCGCAGAUAUUUCAGUGCCACAGUACUCCUCAUGGAGGCAAACUGGAGAAUAAUCCAGAAUGGUGCUGUUCAGAUGCCAGUGGAAGUAAUAGCGAGAGUCUUCGAGUAAAGGCCUUAAAAAAAAGUUUGUUUACUAGGAGAUCAUCAAGAUCAUUAACAGAAGAAAACAGUGCAACUGAAUCCAAAAUAGCAAGUAUUUCAAACUCUCCCCGAGACUGGAGAGCUAUUACUUACACCAACCAAGUUGGCAUCACAGAGGAGGAGAUGAAAGAGAGAGAUGGAGGAGAAAAUAAGGACUGGCACAGGAAAUCUAAAGAGGCAGACAGGCAAUACGAAAUCCCACAGCCACAUAGACUCUCUAAACAGCCAAAAGAUGCUUUCUUGAUUGAACAAGUCUUUAGUCCUCAUCCCUACCCUGCAUCACUCAAGUCACACAUGAAAAGCAACCCUCUCUACACAGACAUGAGGUUGACAGAGCUGGCUGAAGUGAAACGUGCCCAGCCAUCGUGGACCAUAGAGGAAUACACAAGGAAUUCGGGGGAUAAAGGCAAGAUUGCAGCCUUGGAUUUACAAACUCAAGAAUCUUUAAACCCGAACAACUUAGAGUACUGGAUGGAAGACAUUUACACUCCAGGCUACGAUUCCUUGCUGAAACGGAAGGAAGCCGAGUUCAGGAGGGCAAAGGUUUGCAAGAUCGCGGCGCUGAUCGCGGCGGCCGCCUGCACGGUUAUCCUGGUCAUUGUGGUUCCCAUCUGCACCAUGAAAUCCUGAGCCUGGCACACCUGGCACUCCCAGCCACCUGUGUCUCGGGCAGCUCACGCUGCAUGUCAAAUGGCUGCUGGCAAAACUGUGAGGAGUUCGCUGAGGAACAAAGUUCUGAGGGUGUCCUGGUGGAGAGUGCUGCAAACGAAGGCGGGACGCAGAACGACUAGAGAUGCAUUUUUGGAAAAGUCCUAUUUUAAAUAAUAGACUGUGUGGUAGAGUUAAUGGGAACUCAGUUCGAUUUUUACGCAUUUUUAAAAGUGCAAUAUGUUUUUUUUCCUAAAGGAAUGAUAUAAUGUUUUACAGAAUUAGAGACUGGUGAGAAUCCAGGAAAAAGAGGAAGGUUGCAUUUAAAGGAGGUAUGGGUACAUGGAGGUAGCACUGUAUAGAAGGGAAUGUUCUAUAUGCAUUACAUCGGGGAGCUAGGGAAGUCUCAACAGCUCUCUACAAUGUAGAAAACUCUG